AUGUCUCCGAUCAUUUGUGCUUCUCUGUUCAGAUCACUGCUCUUAAUGCUGCUGGCCAUGCUGUCAGCCAGUAUUUCUGCCUACGGGAAAGCAAUACAGCCUGGACUCAAGACAGAGAGCCUCUUCAAGCAAGCAUAUGCUGGAUGUCUGACCCAAAAAGACUCAAAAUUCCCUCAAACUGUGAGAGUCAAUGUAAGCAUCAGCAACACAAACCAGAACAGCAAAGUGUCUCUUGAUGUCAGCAGUCGCUCUCUGUCUCCAUGGAACUACAGGAUUGACGAGGACCACAACCGUUUCCCCCGGGUGAUUGCUGAGGCCAAGUGCCGCCACUCCAUGUGUGUGAAUUUGGAUGGGAAGCUGGACCACAGCCUCAACUCCGUCCCCAUCCAACAGGAGAUCCUCGUCCUCCGGAGAGAGCAGAAGGGCUGCCACCAGUCAUACCGGCUGGAGAAGAAAAUCAUCACUGUGGGUUGCACAUGUGUUACCCCUUUGAUCCGACAUCAGGUUUAA